CCCGAGUCUCGUCAUCUGAACUAUCUGAAGGAAAGACGAUAUGAGAUCAAUUAAUUCACUUGCGCUUGUAACCUCAAACACGAAUUCGUUCCAUUGAUUCAAAUAUAUUGAAAGUGAAGAAUUGCCCUGUUGAUGCUGUCUCCCUAAUUUGAGAUGCUUCAUGUUCCUCCCCUCCCAAUUCCCGACGGUCUUCAAUUGCGCUCCCGAACGACAGGAGAUUAGCGCACGCCAAUAUCUGCUUCCCCACGCUCUCUUCCCUUGACAACAUCCUCUCACUUGUGCCUCUCAAGCUCAAGUCAACAAAUCCAGACUUUCGGCUUCAUUUGCAUUACUCGAUCCCGUGUGACCACGCCCUAUUAUCCAAGGUCUCGGGAACCCGUUGCCAAACCAUGACUCCUCGGUUGUCCACCCUCGACUUGGUGGCUAAAGUCGAUGCCUUCCCUUACGCGGACCGGGAUCCCGAGGCUUAUGCCCAGAUCAUGAAGUCUUUCUACACGUUCGUCUGGGAAGACCAGCAGGGUCAGGUACCCAUAGGCUACGUGAAGCUGGACGUUGUCGAUGCACUCAACAAAGCCCCGGCAACUCUCAAAGGACAGUUAGGGUUGCACAUCGAUGUCUCUAAUAGGACUGUAGUGCUCUUCCGUGAUGCCCCGGACAAAACCUACGAGGAACGCACUCGGCUUGUCGGAAAGCUCACUGCGCUUUGGCGUGAACAAGAGGCAUUUGCCAUCCUCAAGAGCUGGCGAAACGAGCUGUGGCCAGUUUAUGGUCGCAACAAGGAGCUCGUGUUCAGCAUAGAGCGGGCAGCUAUGGGCCUCUUUGGAACCACACGCUACGGCGUGCAUAUGAACGCCUUCAUCAGACGUCAGGAUGCCAGCAGCAAGUAUGACUUGAGAAUCUGGGUUCCCAAGCGGUCCGCGACCAAAUCGACCUAUCCGAGCAUGUUGGACAACGCGGUAGCGGGUGGCUUGAUGACCAACGAAGACCCCUUCGAAUGCGUCAUCCGUGAGGCGGACGAAGAGGCUUCACUGUCCGAGCAUAUCGUGAGGAACAACGCCAAAGAGGUCUGCACCAUCACUUAUAUCUACAUCACGGACGAGCGCGCGGGAGGCGAGGCGGGGUUGAUCUACCCGGAAUGCCAAUGGAUUUAUGAUCUAGAGCUACCUGCGGAUGGAAGUGUCGUCCCCGAGCCAAAAGACGGCGAGGUCGAGAGCUUCAGCUUGUGCACAGUGGAGGAGAUCCAGAAACAGCUCGCCCAGGGAAUGUGGAAGCCGAACUGUGCCGUCGUCAUGCUCGAUUUCUUCGUUCGGCACGGCAUUUACACGCCUGAAAACGAGCCGCAUUACGACGCAUUUCGUGACCGGGCUCAUCGACACAUCGCCUUUCCCGGUCCUCAUCAGGCCUGAAUCCAUCGAGCACCUUCCGCAGGGCACUAGCUCUUCCAAAGGCAGAUGGACAGCCCUUGGCUCGGUAGCGGCAUAAAUACAGGUACUUGCUUUCCGGGUAUCGUUGAUUCAUUACUUUCCCCAGACCCCUUUUCCCUAGGAUAUGCCUUUUCUGGUCCACGCAUAACCUUAAACGCCCGUUCGCCCUCCAAAGAUCCAAUGAAUGUUGCUCGCGCCCUAGACUCUUGAUCGGUCUGAUGCUAUUUAGCCGCUGGAAACAUUUGCUUUUUUUCAAUUUUUUAUUCUCCGGAAAUUUCAGCUCUCAAGCGUUCCUGUUGGCGAGGAGGUAGACGUAGUCGACACGCAGGGGCGUGAGCUUCUUGUAGGGACCAUCGAGGGCCAUCAGAAGACCACCGUAGGACAUAUACGCCUUGCUAAAUUUCGCAACCGAACCAGUCAGCCACUCAUUUUCCCCGAAUUCCAAGGUCGAGAUACUCCUGCCCAAUUCCCAGGCAACAACUUACAUGGUCUGGCCAUCCUUUCCAUCCUCAAACUUGUAGACCUUGCCAUGGCAGACAUACUCAUAGCUGUCGGCCAGGGUCUGCUCAACGCUACCGAGCUUGGCAGCAUCGCGCCAACCCCUCUCGUCGUCCUUGCUACCGUCGAGGGACAAGGAAGUAGCCAAUGC